AUGGGCUCGCUCCCGGUGCUCUCCCCGCCGGAAUGCGCGCCGCCUCCGACGGAGGGGACGCGGGCGACGGUGGCGGCGUCGGACCUGGCCACGCUCUUCGACGCGCAGCGCCGCCACCUCGACCACUUCUUCGACAUCGGCUCCGUCUUCCCCGGGGACGUCCUCGUGCUGCUCUCCAAGUCCGGCGCCUCCGACGAGCUGCUCGCGCUCGCGCCCUGCGCGCGCGCCAAGGGCGCCAAGCUCAUCUCGCUCACCUCCGCGGCCUCCGGCGCCGACUGCCCGCUCGCCGCCGCUUGCGACCUCAACGUGCACCUCCCGCUGCAGGGGGAGGUCUGCCCCUUCGGCCUCGCGCCCGUCACCUCCACCACCAUACAGAUGGUCUUCGGCGACACCGUCGUCGCCGCCAUCAUGGAGGCGCGCCGCCUCACCAGGGACCAGUACGCGUCAAACCACCCCGCCGGGAAAAUCGGCAAGACCCUCAUCUUCAAGGUUAAGGAUGUCAUGAAGAAACAAAACGAGCUUCCAUUGUGCAAGGAGGGAGAUAUGAUAAUGGAUCAACUUACUGAGCUCACUAGUAAAGGUUGUGGCUGUCUUCUUGUGGUUGAUGAUGGGUAUCAUUUGAUUGGAACUUUCACCGACGGAGACCUCCGGCGUACACUCAAGGCCAGUGGGCCAGCUAUUUUCAGUCUAACAGUUGGAGAGAUGUGCAACAGGAACCCAAGGACAAUCACCGCGGAUGCAAUGGCGGUUGAAGCCAUGGAGAAGAUGGAGUCACCCCCUUCACCUGUGCAGUUCCUGCCGGUCGUCGAUGACAAAAACGUCGUGUCUGGGAUCAUUACACUGCAUGGGUUGGUCUCCGCUGGAUUGUAA